CUCCCGCGAUGUGUAAAUUUUUUAAAUUUUCACUCCCCACUUCCAUUUUCACAACACAAAUCCAUCCCUCCUCUCAAUUCGUCUUCAAUUUCAAUUCACCUUCUUCAUCUCUGCCGCAAAAUAUUCACAGAUCUGAAAAAUGGAGGCCACUUCGCACCUGGAACGAAUGGGCGAAGAACUCAAGUGUCCCAUCUGCUUAAGUCUUUUGAAGUAUGCAGUUUCGCUUACGUGCAAUCACAUAUUUUGCAAUCUAUGCAUCGACAAAUCUAUGAAGUCCGAUUCAACUUGUCCUGUAUGCAAAACCCCUUAUCGGCGAAGAGAGAUUCGUCCUGCACCUCACAUGGAUACUUUAGUGAACAUUUACAAGAGCAUGGAAGUUUCUUCUGGAGUCAACAUACUUAUCACUCAAACAGAACCUCAAACAUCAGGUCACGAGGAUCAAAUAGAGAAUGUGACUGCUUCUAGAAGUAAGACAACCAGCAAAGCCCUUGGAAACACACCAACGACACAAAAUCAGAGAAAAAACAAAGGGAAAACCUUGAAAGGAUCUUUAAAGAAGCCUAAAAGAUGUACUUCAGAUCCUGUGAGACCAUCUUUCCCAAUAAAGAAAAGGAUUCAAGUGCCACAACAUCAUCCACAAGAGACACCAACAAGACCUGCAAAUCCUGAAGGUGGGAAGUCUGAGCUUAUUAAAGAUAGAACUCAAACUAAUGUGGCUGGAUUAGAAGACACAGAUCAUUUACAUGAGAAUGAAGAAAGAAUAUUUUCCCCUUUCUUUUGGCUUAGAAAUGAAGAAGAUAAUGAAGAAACAGUCGAACCUACACCUUUAGAUCCUUUAUAUGUUUCACAAUCAAAUGCUCCAUGCUUCAGUGAUAUCAAGGACUCCCUUGAGGAUCAUUCUUGUCACGUGACCUCAAAGAGUGAUGCCAAUCUUGAUAGUGAAAUGUUUGAAUGGACACAAAGACCUUGCUCUCCUGAGCUUUGUGUAAGUCCAGUGAAGAAGCAGGAGAAAGAAUCUGAUGGAUAUGAUAUGGUCACAGAGAAAGAGACUGAUAACAUGGAAGUGGUUUUACCGAAUUUAUCCUCACUUCAAAAGGUUGACCAUGAAGUUAAAGUCAAAGGGUCCAAGAAGAGAGUUAAAAAGACUAAGGAAAUCAUCCAAAAGAAGAGAGUCAAGAGAGACACAGACAAAAAAGAGAUCACUACACAGCAACCUAUAAAAAGGGCAAAAAAGUCAAAAAACCAAGAUUCAAGUACCAGUAACAAUACCAUAACUGGGACCGACAAAACUAUCAUCUCACAGCUUCCCAUUAAGCCUUCUCUUGUUAAUUGUAAGAUAAAAGCUUGUUCUUCCACAAAACAAACUGAAAAAGAUAAAAUUUCCAAGAAAUUGGAAACUUCUAAAAAGGUGACAUUUUCUACAAACAAAGGGGAUAAGAUCAAACCAGCUGAUGACAUUCCAAGAACUUCUGAAAAUGCUGCUACAAAAAAAAGUGACACUCUGACUGAUAUUUGUUGUGCUUUCUGCCACUCCAAAGAAGAAUCAGAUAUUACUGGAUGCAUGACACACUACCUUAAAGGAAAGCCUAUAACUUUGGAUCAUGAAGGCGCACCAAAUGCCAUACAUGCACACAGCAACUGUACAGAAUGGGCUCCUAAUGUAUACUUUGAAGAUGAUAUUGCUGUCAAUUUAGAAGCUGAAUUUGCUAGAAGCAAGAGGAUUAAAUGCUCUUGCUGUGGAAUAAAGGGAGCAUCUCUUGGCUGUUAUGAGAAAAAUUGUCACAGAAGCUUUCAUUUUCCUUGUGCAAAACUAACACCAGAAUGCAGAUGGGAUAAGGAUAACUUUGUCAUGUUAUGCCCAAUUCAUGCCUCUCAUAAGCUCCCAAAUGAAACAUGUGGUUCUCAACUAAAACAGAAAAAGAAAUGUGUCCCAAAAAGACAGCUGGCAAACACACGUUUGGACCCACAUGGACUAUUCACAAAAGUUGUUCUUUGUUGCUCUGCUCUCACAAAUAUUGAAAAGGAAAUCAUUGUAGAGUUUGAGAAGUUAUCUGGAGUUACAAUACUAAAAACAUGGGAUUUAAGGGUGACACAUGUCAUUGCAUCAGUGGAUGAAAAUGGCGCAUGCAGAAGAACUUUAAAAUAUCUGAUGGGUAUCAUAGAGGGAAAGUGGAUCCUCACUAUUGAAUGGAUUAAGGCUUGCUUGGAGGUCAAGAAACCUGUUGAUGAACAGCUUUAUGAGAUUAAUCUCGAUGUUUAUGGAUUCACUGGUGGUCCUAAACUCGGGCGAUUUAGGCUACUCAACAAGGAACCAAAAUUAUUUAAUGGUUUGAAGUUCUAUUUUACUGGAGAUUUUGUGGCUUCAUACAAGGGAUAUUUACAUGAUCUUAUAAUUGCUGCUGGAGGCACAGUGCUACACAGGAAGCCAGUAAAUUUGAAUGAUGAAAAGCAGUUCUUGAUUUAUAGCCUUGAGAUUCCUGAUAAGAUUAAACUGAAAGAGCGAAAUCUUGUUUUGAGUCAAAGAAAGUCAGAUGCAGAGGCUCUAGCAAGAUCAAGUGGUGGUGUAGCUGUGAGCAACUUUUGGAUCUUGAAUUCUAUUGCUGCUUCUAAGCUUCAAGAUUUUGAUUAGAUAGUUUCUUGUUUACUUUAGUCUGGUUGCAAACAUGUAUAGAAUGUUAUCAUAUGCUUGAAUUUGGUACUAAUUUUGUCAUUUUGGUAAGGUAU